AUGUGCACCUACACGAAAGACGGACUCGGGCGGUUUCGCACGGCACAACCUGCAACUGGCUCUGCUCGCACGCUUGCAGAACUCGAUGUGGCCGAUCCGGACGAGAGCGAUGUCGACUUCAUCCUCUACGCCUUUGACUCUGCGUUACCUUAUCUAGCUUCAAUCGGCUCAGAAGCGCAAUGGGGCACGGAGCUGUUCUCACAAAAGCCAGAGAGGAGGAAGCAGUUCACAGAGUUCGUGCAGAAGAGCUACGACCUCAACGCCCGUCAAGAAGCGGACUCGAACGACGACUGUCCUUGGCAGCUCAUGACCCUCUUCGAAGUCAGAACGGAAGAUGACAAGUGGGUCAGGGUCGCAGCACAAGGCCUGUCGACGAGGUUCCCAGACUACGUACCCGAAAGCUUGGCGAGUAAAGAUCUGCGACAAGCAGGCGACUUCCUCUACCUCAAUUAUCUCAUCGCCGACCGAAGAAAGGGAGACUUGGCGAAAGGUUCUGCCCCACAUCUCAUCUCUUUUGCGGAACAGCAAUGUAGGAAACGUCAUAAGACGCCCUUCUACGGUGAUUGCUGGCGCGGCAACAAUGACGGGCUGCUAAAAUACUAUCAAAAGCUAGGCUUCAAUCCGAUUGGUCCUUUCGACGUCAAAGACAAGCAUGGGCCUGGCCUACCCUGGUUCGGCUACCUCUUCUCGAAGUCGAUCUCGCAAUAG